GACCAAUAAUAAGCACAAAGGGAAGCCACGAGGGGUUUUUCUAUUUCUUUCCUGUGUCUUCUCUCUUAUUUUAUCACCUUUGUUUCACAAAACAACACCUUAUUCACAAGAAAGAAAAAAAAAAGGCAGAUCCAAGGUAGUGGUGGUUAAGCUGUCAAUCCUAUCAAUCAAUCAAACCAGAAAGAAAGCCAGUAAAUCAUCAAUCAUUUCUUGUUUUUUUUUUUUUUCCCAAAAGACUUGAAAAAGGGUAUAUAUCAAAUUAAAAUUCUACCAUGUCCUCCUCUUCUUCACUCUCUGUGGACCACCUUUCCCCCUCCGAGCAGCUCUGUUAUGUCCAGUGCAACAUUUGCGACACUGUUCUUGCGGUGAGUGUUCCUUGUACGAGUUUAUUCAAGACUGUUACUGUCCGAUGUGGUCACUGCACCAAUCUCCUCCCUGUCAAUAUGCGUGCUUUGAUUUUGCCAUCUGCUAAUCAGUUUCACUUGGGUCACUCUUUCUAUUCUCCUUCUCAUAAUCUUCUGGAUGAAAUCCCGAACCAAACUCCAAACUUCUUGAUCAAUCAAACAAAUGUGAAUAAUUUUAGUGUUCCGUCUCGAGGAGUGACUCACGAUGAGCUUCCAAGGCCACCAGUUAUUAACAGACCUCCGGAGAAGAGACAGAGAGUCCCCUCAGCGUACAAUCGCUUCAUCAAGGACGAGAUCCAACGCAUCAAGGCUGGAAAUCCUGAUAUAAGCCACAGAGAAGCCUUCAGUGCAGCUGCUAAGAACUGGGCCCACUUCCCACAUAUUCACUUCGGUCUCAUGCCAGAUCAGACUGUGAAGAAGACUAACAUGCGCCAGCAGGAAGGAUCAGAUGAUGUUCUGAUGAAGGAUGGAUUCUUUGCUUCUGCUAAUGUUGGUGUCUCUCCAUACUAAGAAACUUUAAUUACUAAUGGAGCUGUUUGUUUUCUUUCUUCUCUAUAAAAUUAAGUCUCUCUGCUCUUAAUUAAUUAGUAAUUAGUAAUUAGUAUUUAGUCGCAGAAAGAUUUCAAGUUUAAUUAAGAUGUAGAUUAACAGCUCUAAUCCAUAACCAAUCUACUACUACUGAUGUCUUUAAUGUCGAAAUUUGAUCUAGCAAUGUACUUCUACAUAAUCUAUUAAUCUCUACUCUUUUUUUUAAUUUCUUUUUUUAA